AUGCAUGGCAUAUUCCUGUGUGCCCAUUGUGAAUUCUCAUCAGAGAUAGCUGAUGUAUUGGAGGACCAUCGCAAAGUCAGUCACCCGGGUCUCUGCGGUCGCAAGCUCUGCAAGAAAUGUCGAGUGCUCUAUCAGGGUGAUGAGCUGGAGGAACAUGAGAGGUUGUGCAGUGGAGAGAAGCAGAACUGGAUUUGUCCAAUAUGUCAGAAGGAGUUCAAGUUUCUGAGUGUCAUGAAAGCACACGCUCGUGGCGGUGAGAAAAAAUUCCGAUGUGACUGGCCGAACUGUGGCAAGGCCUUCUGCCACACAGACAACCUGAAGGUGCACUACAGACGACACACAGAUGAGAAACCGUACAAAUGCGACAAAUGCGCCUCAUCCUACCGCCAGAAAAGUGGCCUCAAGUAUCACUUGGAGAAGGCACAUGAU